AUGGUAGCUGACUCGGCGUACUACGACCUACUCGGGAUAGAUGAGGACGCUUCGCCGGAAGAUGUGAAGAAGGCGUAUCGAAAUAAGGCCAGGUUGCAUCACCCCGAUAAGAACCCGGAUGAUCCGCUGGCCCACGAGAAAUUUCAAGAGAUAGGUCAAGCCUACGAAACCCUCUCUGACCCCGAUGAGCGCGCCGCUUAUGACCGAUAUGGAACCUCUGGCCCAUCUCGAGGCGGCGGCCCGGGCGAUUUCGACGGACCCGACCUCGACGACCUUUUUGCCCAUAUGUUCGGCGGUGGCGGCGGGGGCUUUGACUUUGGCGGUGGUGCCUCUGCAUCUUUCGACCCAUUCGGCGGUUCAUCGUCAUCUCGAAAGCCAACGAGGGGGAAGGAUACGGAUGUGCGAUAUGAGAUCUCGCUGGAGGAGGCGUUCAAGGGGAAGAAGGUUGUCAUGAACCUGUCGAGAGAUCGGGCUUGCGGCGUCUGCGCAGGAGUCGGAGGGAGAAAGGGGGCGAAGAAGGAGGAGUGUGGGAGAUGUAAAGGCAAAGGGAGCAUCAUACGGGAUAGACAUAUCGCCCCGGGGCUUGUUGGGAAGGCUAAGGUGGUAUGCGAUGAGUGUGACGGGGAGGGGGAGCGGUUCUCAGAGCGAGCCAAAUGUAAGCGGUGUAAAGGCGCCAAAGUCACCAAGGAGAAGAAACGAGUGGAGUUUGAGAUCGAUCCAGGAACAGAGGACGGCGAGCGGAUAGCCUUGCGUGGAGAAGGAGAUGAGACUCCCGGCAUACCGCCCGGCGACGUAAUCUUCCACAUCCAUCAUCGCCCUCACGCCCUCUUCCGCACCCUUCCGCGCUCGGACCUCUCCAUUCCCCUCUCCAUCUCCCUCUCUGAAGCCCUGCUGGGCAUGAACCGGCUCAUGUUUGUACAUCUCGAUGGGCGGGGCGUGCGGAUAGAAACGAAGCGCGGGGAACGGAUCAUCAAGCAUGGGGAUGAGCUGGUUAUCAAGGGGGAGGGGAUGCCUGUGAGGGGUACGAAAGGGCGGGGAAACUUGCGGAUAAGGUUUGGGGUGGAGAUGCCGGGUCUAAGCUGGGCUUCGAGGACGGAUCCUGGUUCAAUGGUGGUGGAACUGCCAAAGCCGCCGGUGGAUCUAACGCCGACGCCGGAGGUGGUGGUGACGCGGUUCUUGUCGCCAUUGAGAUGA